UCACCCUCUCCCAAACACACAGUAAACAGAGAAUCCAUGGCAGAGGAACCUAUCUCAAGCAUUAUGAUUAAUACUAAUGACGAUUUCAUUAGUAUUUCAUCUGCUGAUAAAGUUGCCUCUAACCAAGACCUCUUGUUAGAAAUCCUAUUACGUUUGCCUAUAAAGUCUCUUAUGCGAUUCAAAUCCGUCUCCAAACAAUGGCAAUCUGUGAUCUCAGAUCGGCGAUUUACCCGCCGCUGGCGACCCACAUCCUCACCUUCGGGCCUGUUUUUCCAUUGGUUCUCAAACGUUUAUGUAUCUCUCCCACACAUUGACUUCAUCCCUUUAGACAACAACAUGAAUUCUUCAACAUAUCCAAAUCUCGAAUUCUUCCCUUAUCUCUAUGGAAUCACCUUCAUGAACUCCACCAACGGUCUCAUUUGCUGUGUAGUUUGCAGCAAAUUGAAACCAAGAGUUUCAUAUCAUGUCAUAAAUCCAUCCACAAGGCAAUUCACUACUCUGCCUCAACCAUCUCUGUCUCAUCUUCAACUCGAAGGCUUGACGAUGGCUUUUGAACCUACCAAAUCGCCUCACUAUAAAUUGGUCAGCGUCCGUAGCAGCAACAUCGACUCCUCCUCGACUACUACCACCCAUUAUCAACUCGAGAUCUACUCAUCGGAAACGCGAUCAUGGAACGCCUCAAUUGAAACGUUCACCACGCCGGAGAGACACCCGAAUUUCCACCGGGGCGUUUACUGGAAUGGAGCGAUUGUGUGGUUCGUCAGCUCCGGUGACUCGGUCUUCUUUCAGAUUGAGGAAGAGCGAAUGAGUACGAAUAUCCCGGCUCUGACAUUUGAGGUGGGAUUCUGGUACGACAGGGAGUUCUGUGUGGGGGAAUCAAACGGACAUCUAUAUCUGGUCGAAACGUACAUGCCAAAAACGUGGGUAAAAGUGUAUGAGAUGGAAAGUGAUUUCUCAGGAUGGGUGAUGAAAUACAAUAUCAAUCUUUUUGAGGUCGGAAAAGCGUUUCCUCUGAUGUUAAAGAGGCUGCCGGGAAGAACUUCUCCUUUUUCCUUCGAAAUUCUUUCUCUGGUUUGGGGGGAAGAUCAUGAUCGUGUGAGUAUUGGGGAGGGAAAGACGGCGCCGUUUCUGGUGGUGACUAUACCUGAGAAGAUGAUAAGGGUGAAUCUUGAAGUGGAGGAGGAUGAGGAGAAGAAUAGUUUCAUGGCGAUGUGUGAUGUUGAUAUAGAGUUUUGUGAACGAGAAGAGGUGUAUCACGAAUGUACUAGAUACUUCUCUGCCGAUAGUCAUAAGUACAUUGAAACCCUUUUUACUACUUCACCAUGAUUCAUGAUCACAAAAGUUUUUAAGACUUCACAAUAUUAAUGCAUGUAGUUCUUAAAUAUGGGAAAGUACGAUUAUUGUUUUGAAUAAGAUCUAACUUGCAGGAUCUUGCUUGAUAUUAUAUUUAGAUUAUUUUGAACUA